CCAAAAUGGCUGUACAGAAACUGUUGUGUUGAUGUGUCGUUCUCAAUAAGAAACGAAUAUGUUGCAGUGUGCAAAUUUGUGAAAAGUCCUCCGAGGGAGCAGGAGGAUAAACGUGAAAAGGCAGGAAAGGGUUACUUUCCAUGUUUCCUGUCCAAUUCCCACAGCUUCAGAUCCUUUCGGAUCGCUUUCUUCAUACUAAACAUUCCCAGGCUCCCAUAACCUCCUGGCUUCCUCGCACCGGCCAAGAGCGGUCCCAGAAGAAACUCAUUUCUCCAUAGGAGGCAAUGCUCCACCUACAGGGCCGCUGAUUUAAAAAUGGCAGCCAUGAAAACCCAGGAGCAGCGAAUCAGCCCUCUAAAAUCACCCAUUCAAUAUGAUGGCCGUCCUAUUGCACAGGCGAAGGCUAUUCAGUUUCGUACCAUUGCACCUAAAGCUCCAACAUUGGGUUCAUCCUCUGCAGUGAUCUCUAGCCAGCCACCUUCUAACCUUCCAGAGGCUUCUACAGCCGUCUGUCCCAAAUCCAUCUUAGUUCCUGCCCAAAACUAUGCACUUAUGCAGGUUGCUGGACAGGAGGGUACUUUCUCAUUGGUGGCUUUGCCUCAAACAUCACCACAAAAUCCAAUCCAAAAGAACCUGAAAUUGCCUAUUCCGAGGUAUCAGACAGUGAGAAGUCACAGAGCUUCAGAGAAAACUAGUAUUAAGAUGCAGAACUCAUCCAAGGUGGCCAAGCUUCCACAGGCAAAGUCUGCAGUAAAAACAAACUUGGGUGUUUCCAGUUCACCUGAGACACCGGAAUUGCCAUCUGAACAGAUUGUUGGGAUGUGCUCUGCUGCUUCAUCGGAAAUAUUGCUGCCAGACAAUACUGUCCUUGGCAGAGGGUCACAGACAGAGCACGUUUUGAAGAGAAGUGUUGAUUCUCUCAGCAACUUCAGCUACUCCAGAACAGCCUCUGCAUCCACACUUGUUGCUCCUAUCAGUAACAGCAAAACCACAAAUACCCAGACAGAAGGUGCCUCUACAGGAAGUACUAUUACUGUUCUCUCCCCCACCAUCUUCAGUAAAGCUGUCCAGAUCAUCCCCUCUCCCCCGAAGGGCAAAAUCCCUAUUCUGCCUUAUGCCAAGGUGAAGAAUUCCCUCUUGCCUUCUACGGGUCUUGCCAACACCCAGUCCCCAGUGAAAGUCUCAUCAGUUCAGGCUAAAAAUAAGCCAAAAAGAUCUCUGGACAUCAAAGUUAUGAACGCAGACAGCAGGACCAGGAGUGUAAAUACCACCCGUGGCAAGAAACCCACAAGCAAGAAGAGAGGGAGGAAAAGAAAAACUAUGGAAGACAUUCUGUACUUUGAGGCAAAGAAGAAGAGAUCUUUAUCAUUUUUCUCAAGGAGAGUACCAGAGAAACCACCACUUGGCACGCAGUCUUCAUCCUCACCAGAUAAAGUUGUGGACAUUUCAAAAAAGUAUCGCAGUAUUCGCCCAAAACCUAUUCUAGUAAUGGAAACUGUUCCUCAACUUGUACCACUAGCAUCUCUCUCAAGUUCUAAGAACCAGAAACUUGUCAUGGGGCAGGAGAUAUCAGGAAAACCACUUAGUACUGUCCAGCCAGGCUUAGUGUCCAUAUCACCCCCAGGGCAGCAAUCUGUAGCUGAAGCUGGAACUUCUGGAAGGUUUGCAUACGUGGGUAGCCGUGCACUCCACCGUUGUACAACCUGCAGUAGGUGCUUUCAGUUCAAGCAUCACUUACAGAGUCACAUGAACAGCCACAAUAACCUGAGACCAUACGGGUGUCCAGUGUGUAGGAAAGCUUAUGCCCACUCAGGUAGCCUAAGCACACAUAUGAAGCUUCACCAUUCAGAGGGGAAGCCAAGGAAAAGCCUCCGCUGCGAGUUUUGUGAAAAGGUGUUUGGGUAUGUUGGUGUGUACUUCAGCCAUCUCCGAGAAGUGCACAGGGUUAUCCUUACUGUAGAGCCAUCCAUCCGUCAACAUGAGGAGAAUACACACAUAGAUGGGUGUCUAGACUCUGAUGACCAGACUUCAGAGCAGCAUGUUGAUCCUGUGGAGUUGCAAAUAAAAUGUGGCCGAUGCCAGGCGGUCACACCCACAUUUGCUGACAUGAAGCUACACUUGUUGUACGUGCAUGGCGAGGAAGUCCAGGUCCGUCUAAAAGAGGGCGCCAUGCAUGAGGGACGAGAGGCUGAGAACGAGCUGGUAAAGCAUGCAGCCCACUAUUGGAGGCAACUCAACGAGAGGCGGAACUUGGUUCGCUGUGGAAGUUGUGAUGAGGAGUUCUUCUCGUUCUCAAAGCUCGAGUGCCACCUACAUGCCCACCACCAAGGGGUUAUGCUGAGUCAAGAGGAAGAACUGGAAUUAAAGAAAGAAGAUGAAGAGGAUUACAUCUCUGAGGGGUCUAUCAAGCAAGUGACCUUUAGAGCAGGGUCACGCUUUAAUUGUAUUCUGUGCAGUGAGGUUUUGAACAGCAAGCAUGAAGUUCUGGAGCACUGGAGGGAGUUUCACAAGUGUGAAAACCCAGUCAUGCUGUGGGAGGUACUGGAUUCAAAGUGAGAGUACAUUUCUUCUCUUUGCCUAGAGUAGCAUUCUAGCAUUUUCAUAGUUUUUCCUCAUUUCUUUGUAUUUCUGUUUUGCACUGUUUUGUUUUGAUAUUGAAUGGAAAAUUUGACUGGUUUAAUUUAAAAUGUUUUCUUUUUAUAUAAAUUGUAGAAUUCUUUUUUGUCUUGUUUUUGCUUCUUUGUAAUGGACACAUGGUUCUGAGAGGAUCGAUUCACAUUCACAUUUAGAGGGGUCCAAAAACAUCAGACAUCAUUAUCGCAAAUUAUAUUAGCAACAACUUCUGGAUUCUGAAUUUUUGUGCAAACAAGUUAACCUGGUGAAAAUCAAAUUUGUUUAUAUUUAAACAGUGACAUAUAGGUAUUGUGUAACAUUGAAUAUUGAAUAGUCAAGGUUGCACAUUUACUAUUUUUUAGAAUUUUCAAAAAAGUUUAAAUCUGGGGAAAGAAAAUGUAAAACUGCUUGCUAAGUGACUUUGCUCAGAGCAUGUUUGGAAAUGCUUUAAACCCAAGAAAGCUCCACGAAACACAGAACUCCAAUCUAAUGAGGAAGGUCAGUUAAGGAGUAGUUUAACCAAGAUUGCAAUGCAUUGAAUAGCUAGCAUGAUGCUAAUGGGCAGCUUUUUUAGUUGAAUUAUCCCUUAAGCUUGUAGCCUUAAAAAAAAAGAAUAUCCAGACUGGAAAGCAGCUCAGAGUAAUAUGAAAUUGCUUAAAUGUAUCAUAGGCUGUACAGUAAUGAUUGCGAAAUGGUGCUGGCAUGUUGUUGAUUUACCACUUUACAGACCUCUUUAUGCUUAUAGACAGCCUUCGUGACCUUCGUCCUGACUCUAGACUGAGCUCCAGAGCUGCCAGAUCUGCUGAGGACUUGGUCAAUGCAAUUCUUAGAGCUGCUUACUGUAUAUCUAUUACAGGAAAAAAAUAUAUAUUAAAAAAAAAUCCUAUUUUAUAUACAAUUUAUAUUGCAAGUGUCAAACAUUGGUUUUUAAACUGUAGUUGUAUUUAAAUAUUUUCUCUGUAGAGUAUCACAGGGUAACUGAAUGUACCUUAAAUGUUACAAAACUACAAAACCCUACAAAAUGUUAUGUACAUGUGAAGAAAUAGAUUCUGUCUCUCUCUCUCUCUCUCUCUCUCUCUCUCUCUCUCUAUACAUGGAGAGAUACAUGGAUAUAUUAAAGAUAGCUUAUAUAUUUGCAAAGAUGACAGUUAUGCUGCUGUUGUAUUUUGACUAUAGAGAAAAUACUUCUAUGCCACGUUGUACAUUCAGUAUACUUGUAUACUUGCAGCUCUUGCUAUGUACUGUAACUGUAUGCCUCUUGCUACUUAUGAAACUUGUGGGUACAUUCUCUAGGCACAGGUCAAGUCAAGCCCUGGAUUUGAAAUACAUUACAGCAUAGAAGGCACCUGACAUUGUGGUGCUGUGGAUGUUGUAUGCUUAAGUUGUAUUGCGGGAAGCUGCUCAGAUUUCUCACCAGCAUUCUCGUUCUUGAAAAGACUACAAUGCAUGAACGCAUUUGAGAGCUUAUCAGAUUGUUAGUAUGACAAUCUGGAGUUUAGAUUUAGAUAAUGAUUUGAGCUUAAGUGAAUGACCUCGUCAUGAUGAUUUCAUUGUGGAUUGUGACGAUGGUUCAUUCUCCAAAGAGCUACUAAUUAGAUGUUGAUGUAAGCUGAAAUUUAAAAAACUGAGCACAAAUACAUGUUUUAUGUCUAUACAGUAGGUGAUAAGAACCUGGUCCCUUCUUGUCCCCUGUGCUAAUUAGACAAGUUAUGUGACUUUAGCCUAACCUCUCUCUCUCUGUGUGUGUGUGUGUGUCUGUGUGUCUGUGUGUCUGUGUGUCUGUGUGUCUGUGUGUCUGUGUGUUUGUGAACGCUCACUUGUGUUCUAAACCAGUGAAGUUAAAACCACAUAUUUGAUUGGUGCCUAAAUAAAGAGAUAAGAUGCGACUGCAA